AUGCCACGUAAGCUACGUAAGAAUAUACGUAAGAGGAAGGGAGCAUUGAAACAUCCAAUAGUAAAACUGACACCACAACAACAGUUGCAACAACAAAUGAUGAAUGACCCCACUAUGUUGCAACAAAUGUCAAGCAACCCUAUGCUUUUAAGCCGAGUUAUUGGUGCACAGAGUGGAGGUUUAAGAGCGGCACUUUUAGCGAAAAUGGCAGGCUAUGGUGGAGCUGCAGACGGAACAGCUUAUAACCCUCAAAGUCAAAUGAAUUUGAGUUCACUCAAAAAUCAAAUAACAGAUGUCAAAAAGUCAAACAUAGACAUACAGAAACAAAUAAGUGAAAACGAAAAGAAACUAGAAUAUGACAGACACACAAAGAAACUCAAUGAGUUAAACGUAGAGAAAAAGAAGAAAGAAGAACAACUGAAAGAACUAAGUACAGAGGAAUAUGCGAAAAAAGUGUCAGAAAAAGCAGCAGAAGUAGCAAAAAUGGAACAAGAUGUUAUAAAUUUGAAAAACCAUACUACUCAAUAUAA